AAAGACCCCACCACAGGCUUAAGGUGUGAGUAAACAGAUUCCAGCCUCCAGCUGAAGUUGAAGUAGCAGCGAAAGGAAAGUCAAGAUGAGUCGCAGUCCUGAGAGGAUGUCUUCAUACCGCCGCCACUUUGAGGGGACCAUGGCCGGACCCUCUAUGUAUCAGCUCCGGGUGUCCAGUCCAUCUCCCACCCGGAGGGACAUCAGGCAUCGGUCAGCCAGCCUCACAAGAAGUGGUGGGAUGGUUGGGCGAAGGGCUACCUCCAAUAAGGCUCGUAUGACCAGCAGUGUGAGUAUGGGAGCCCUGUGCUUUGGUAUGUCCAUGGGACUGGGGCCCAAACUGGACCUGGAUGCUGCUGCAGCAGAGAACCAGGCUUUUAUGCUGACCCGAAAAAAUGAAAGGCAGGAGAUGGUAGCCCUAAAUGACCGUCUGGCAGUGUACAUUGAAAAGGUGCGUAGCCUUGAGUCAAAAAAUAAGGUGUUGGAGGCUGAGAUUGAUUCCCUGAAGAGUCGUAAUGCUCGAUCAUCAGGUCUCAGGCAGCUGUAUGAGUCUCAGCUCAAAGAUCUCCUUAGGGACGCUGAACAAAUGAGAAUCCAGAGGGACUUGGCUUUGGCGGGGAAAGAGGCGAUGUUAGGCCAGUUGGACGCACUGAAGGGUAAAUACGAUGCAGCCAUGCUGGCCAGGAAGGAGACAGAGCAGGAGAUUGAGGCUCUUCGUCCAGAUGUGGAUAAAGCCACGUCAGCACGGAUUGCUUUGGAGAAACAGCUGGAAAACCUGGAGAUUGAGCUGGCCUUCCUGCAGAGAGUUCACAAGGAGGAAAUUGAGGAGCUGAUGCAGCAGAUAUAUUCAGCUGUUUCCAGGGUGGACAUGACCUUUGGCCUCCCAGACCUCUCCUCUGCCCUCAGACAGAUUCAGUCCCAGUAUGACAGCAUCGCAGCCAAAAACUUACAAGAGAUGGAUACCUGGUAUAGAACAAAGUUCCAGGACUUGACCAGCGCCUCCACCAAACAUGUUCAAAGUGUUCGAGGCGUGAGAGAGGAAAUUGCAGGCUACAAGAAGGAUAUCCUCAACAAAGAGCGUGACUUAGAGACACUGAAGACAAGGAAUGAGUUUUUGGAGGCUCAGAUCCGCGAUGUAGGGCAGAAGUACAAGAAGAGAGAGGAAGAAUUGCAGGAACGUAUAGACUCAAUUAAUCUGGACAUGAAGGUGACUAAGGAGAAGAUUGCUCUGCUGCUGCGGGAGUACCAGGAUCUGCUGAAUAUGAAGAUGGCUCUGGAGAUUGAGAUCACCACCUAUAGGAAGCUGAUUGAGGGUGAAGACAGUCGUCUGAGCACCAUGGUCCACAACCUGUCUCUGAUUGGAGGCCUGCCUCUGACCUCCAGUGUGAGUCUGCAAUCAGCCUCAGCGACUCCCGCAGCGACUUCAGAGCGAGAUGAUGGCCCCGGUGACAAGAAGAGCAGUGAUGCUGAAAAAGCAGCAACUGGCAGCCCUCGAAAGGAGACGGCCUCAUCAGACACCCAGACUGACCUCAGUGCAGAGGAGCAAGCCACUGAGACGUCUGAGAGGAAGACGGUUCUGAUCAGAACAGUUAAAACAGAUGAGGACACUUACGAGAGCAACACACAGGAGCGCACCAUCACCAUUUCUGGAGCAGCUGAUGACACCGAUGAAGAAUAGGCUGAAUCCAAAUGCUAUUUGUUGCUUUUAAAUGCCCCCAAGUUACUGUGUGUACUGCAGUAAAAAGAUAUUCCACCUUGUGCACAAAUAUAUGAUCAAACUUCAGGACAUGAGACUUAAAAGCAAAAUAAAUCAAAAUCCUUUCCUUUGCUAAUGCCUGCCCCUAACACUGUCAGCCUCCAUCUUUUAAUCCUCCUGUGUGACCGGAACAUGUGCUUGAAAACUGCAUAAUAAAGAGCAAG